CUUCGUCUUCUCUAAACCCCUCGUCCUGUUAUUUUCUACAUCCUUGGCAUUAAAUCACACAGGCACUGUGUCUCAUCUAAGAUCAGUUCCCCUUUGUAUACAUACAUUCCUUCAUUCGCAAAGUGCAUUUCCAUAUGACCGACUGCAUUGAGAUCGUCCAGGAAGGCUUCUCUUAAUAACAUAUAGAGCUCCUUUCUCCGUCCCUCCUUUGUGGACCACCCGCAGCGCUUCCACCUUACCAUUUCGUGUCGAUUAGCCUAAUAUUUCGACUACAAACAAUUCCUUCGCAACAGAGUUCGGCUUGCCAGAUGUCCAGCCCGCCGUUCACGGUCAAAUCGGUCUUCGAGUAUACUUCGGACCAUGAUGAUGACCUUAAUUUCCCAAUCGGCCAAAUCAUAACCGUUACUGCCGAGGAAGAUGCGGAGUGGUACUAUGGCGAGUACACGAAUGACUCGGGGGUCAAGGUAGAAGGCAUCUUCCCGAAGAAUUUCGUGGAGAGCAGACCAAAGAAAGAAGCCAAUGCUGCCGCUCCGUCCGAACCCGCUGCUGCGGAAACUCGUGCAGAACGCCUUCCCUCUCCGGGGCCAGCACCGGAGAGCGCCCUUUCGCUCGAACAGGAACCUGUUCUCGAACCGCCCAGAUCACCUCCGGUUACUGCGCAAGCGCCGGCGUUUGAGGUCUCUUCUCCGCCACAGCCAGUUCAAGCUCAAGCUCCAAUCCCGGCGGCCCCGCCAACCGCUCCCUCGGAGUCAAGUGAGCCGAAAGAGCCAGCCACCAAAUCGGCAUCUAAACCAGCACCUCCCCCGGUCGCAGAGAAACCUAGUGGGUCAUCAUUUAAGGACCGGAUCGCGGCUUUCAACAAACCCGCUGCGCCGCCUAUCGCGCCUUACAAGCCAGGGGGCUUCGGCGGCCAGAAUCCGACAUCGUUCAUCAAGAAACCAUUUGUUGCGCCCCCUCCAAGCAAGAAUUCCUUUGUGCCUCCGCCUAGAGAGCCUCCUCCGAAGAUCUAUCGGCGGGAAGAGGAUACGGAAGUACAGGAGCGUGCUAUGCGCGAGCCUCCGGUUUCUGAAAGCAGACCUGCACCCACCGAAGCAACUGAAGAAGGGGCGGAAGAUCAGCCAAAGCCAACCAGCUUAAAGGAGCGAAUUGCUCUUUUGCAGAAGCAGCAAUUGGAGCAAGCGGCUCGCCAUGCUGAAGCAGCUCAGAAGAAGGAGAAGGCUAAGAGGCCACCUAAGCAGCGUAUUGAAUCUCACGAGGACCGCACCGCCGUGGAAGAACAGGAGCAUGAAGGCUCUGGUGCAGCUCCAUCGGCGAGGGAUCACAGUGUCGAGACCGUGAAGCCUGGUCCUCUACCUGAGGGACAGUCAGGAACCCCCCCGCCUGGACCGGAGCCGGCCAGUGAUGCUAACGACGCUGACUACUCCGCCGCCGCUGAUACUGAAGAUGCGGAAGAGACUUCAACAAGCAAGGAGGACCUCGAAGAUCGUUCUGGGACCGAGACUCGUCAAGCACCGGAGCCUGAGAAAAAGAAAGAAGCUAGCGACAAGCUUGAAGAGGACGAGGGAAAUGAGAGUGAUGAAGAAGAGGACGAGGAAGAGGAAGAGAUCGACCCCGAAAUCAAGCGUAGGAUGGAGCUCAGGGAAAGGAUGGCCAAGAUGAGCGGUGGUAUGGGUAUGAUGGGGUUCUUUGGUCCUCCUGGCGGGAUGCCUGUUCCGGGCGCAGGACCUCGCAAACCAAAGGCAGCUGCGGAGGCAGAGAAAAAGACGGAAGACUCAGAUCGGGCUGCUCCAGCAACUGCUCCACCCGUCCCCGUGAUGGCGCUGCCGGGAAUGAACGCCGUUAGGCCAACAGCAGCUUCUCCAAGCGUAGAGAAGGAAGAGGAUGUGCCUCAGCCUGCUUCCGUCACCGAACAGCAUCCUCCUCAGGAAAUUCCUGAUGUAGAGGACGUCGUGGAGGAGGAUCCUUCUCGUCGCGCUCCUGAUGAGAGGCCUGCCGCACCUCAGGAGCGUCCAGUACCCCCGCCUCCGCCGAGAGAAACACGGCCCGCCCCGCCUCCGAUUCCUCAAGACCGGCCGCUGUCUUCACCGGCUGUUCCAGGUGAUUCUCGACCUGUCCCUCCUCCGCCGAAGACUGCGACGACUUCUGCUGAUCUCGGUGAAGAAUCGGACGACGAACUUUCUGUACGUGCGACGGAUCUCUCUUUGAAUGCCACCGAAGCGGAGCAGGAACGGCCUGCAGCUGCUCAGUCGGCUUCGGCUCCUCCCCUUCCGGACCAUCUCGAUUCGCGGCGCUCCUCAACCUACGAACCUACCUCUCCAAAGUCUCCUACUCUCCCCUCGGAGAAGAGAAUGAGUCGCCCGCCUCCGCCGAUCCCAACAAAUCCACCGAUGUCACCACAGUUCCAGGGCAGGGCUCCUCCCCCGCCACCUCCUGGCAACAUCCGCCGUAGAUCAACUGCAGAUAGCAGAGCGAGCGCGGUCUCGCAACCUCGCCAAGCUGGUGAAGACCUUGAGGGAGAAGUCACCGAGUAUGAUGGUGAUUACGAUACGGAUAUCGCGUCUGGGGCCAAAUUCAAAGAUGCCUUGAAAUCUCAUGGCCGCGAUUCUAGCGUUGACGAAGGUACUAUAACCGAUGACCAUUCUCUUCAGUCUCCACGAAGCCCUCAAGAGACGCGCCUUCCUCCUCCACCACCUCCUUCUGCGCCCAGAGCCGUUCCACCGCCGCCACCCAUUCAGCCACCGAAGAGCAGCGGAGGCGCUUCUCUUGAGUCUCCUAGAGGACCACCACCGCCGCCUCCUCACAGAGAGCUGUCAUUCGGAGGGGAAGAAGAAUAUGAUCCAUAUCGCUAUUCUGCCCCUCAGCAUGGUGUGCCCGCACCGAGAGUUCCACCUGUGCCUCUUGGCCGCCCAGAGUCACCCCCGGUGGCUCCUUCCCAGGCUGCUGAACAUGAUUCCGAGGACAUGUACGACGCGUCUCCCGCCGUCCAAAGCCCCUCGGAGAGAUCAGCAGCUCCGCCUCUGGAAAAGAGAUCUUCUUUUGCGCCUCCUCCCACUCUGCCACCUAGCGCGCCACCCCCGUCAGCGCCACGAAGUAAUCGUGCAUCUUUAGACAUUCCUAGGGGCCAGCCUAAUCUGCGGAGAUCUAUGGAUGCGUCUCGUCCGUCCAUAGAUCAAGGCUUCAUUGCUAUGGAUGUGGAUCUGGCGGAAGGCUCUCUCUGGUGGACACAGCCUAAUACCCCUCCGCCUGUUUUCCAAAAUCGCAAGGAUGUUCUCUUUGAAGCGGAGGAAUCGACGUCCACUAAGCGGGGCGGAAAGACCACGAUUUCCAAAGAUGUCUAUGUCCUGUUCAUGGACUAUUCGCAGACCGUGAUCACAGUGGCAUAUGACGCCCGAAAUCCUUCCGAUGUGUCCUUGGAGCAGCGUCACGAACCUCCACCGCUGCAGCCGCGCCAGGACCAGCUUGAGAAGGCGCAUGCGCAAUUCGGUACCCGUAUCUCGGAUGCUGUGAACGCUAUUCAGAAUACAACUGUCUCGGAUGGUACUCCGUUUGGCUUGGUCCAGCAUCUGCUUAGUCCAUUGAAAGAUGCACUCCUCCCUGUCGGUACACGCGCCUAUGGUGCCUUGGUUUAUGCAAAUUUGGCCAAUGCAUCUGUGCAACAGAACGACGAGAUCCGAGCUGGAGAUAUCGUCACUUUCCGCAACGCGCGGUUCCAAGGCCACCGAGGCACAAUGCACCAGAAAUACAAUGCUGAAGUCGGUAAGCCGGAUCAUGUCGGUAUUGUCGUUGACUGGGAUGGUACCAAGAAAAAGAUCCGCGCAUGGGAGCAAGGCAGAGAAAGCAAGAAGGUGAAGGUAGAGAGCUUCAAGCUCAAUGAUUUGCGAAGUGGAGAAUGCAAGGUGUGGCGAGUUAUGCCUCGAAUCUGGGUAGGCUGGGAGAGUUGAGAAUGCCUGGCCAUGACGCUACGUCAGUUGCAAAAGCACUCUCCCUGAGAUUUACGGGCAGCCAUCGAAGUGGGAGAUUGUAUGUGUUACGUGUACGGGAGGAGAUAUGAUCUCUAUCUGCCCUUGCCUUGUCUCCUUCAUCCUUUAAUAUUCUGCGAGAGAUCUACGAAAGCGCGGGCGGUUGUGCAGAUACCUAAGCUUUCAAGUCGAUUCGGGUACAUGUUUAAUUUUCUUUCAUGUACAUGGAUGGCAGGGAGCUGCUUCGUUAGUUGCCUGCAGUUAUCAGAUUUCCUUCACCGACCAUUUGAUCACUUUCAAGCCAUUUAUUUUCUGCUUCCAUGUAUCUACUAAUGCUUUGUCUCAAUCAAACUGCCUAUGAAGUGUUUGUAA